GAUUUCAAAGAGUUCCACGGUAACUGACGUGGUAUCCCAAGAGUGGACGUUUGACGCAUUGGUCACACACGGUGGCCACUUUUGUGUAAAUGGAUUUUAGAUGGUGAAGUUCCAUUCCUUUCACAGAGAUUUUAACAUUUUUUUUUAUAUUUCUGCUGAGAAAUUAAAUUAAUUUUUGGAAAAAUGGUAUUGUUAACGAUGAUUGCAAGAAUAGCAGAUGGUUUGCCACUCGCGGCAACUAUGCAAGAAGACGAACAGAGUGGAAGGAGCAUUUUAGAAUAUCAGAAUCAAGCAAAGAUGUUAUUUAGAAAGUUGGGACCUCAAUCUCCAGCUAGAUGUACUAUAGAAACAGGCCCAUAUUUAUUCCAUUAUUUAAUUGAAAACGAUAUAUGCUAUUUGGUAUUAUGUGAAAGAAAUUACAGUAAACGUGUGGCAUAUAGUUAUCUUGAAGAUAUUGCACAAGAAUUUCAUUCUUUAUAUGGAAAACGCGUUAAUACAGUUACCAGGCCUUAUAGUUUUAUCGAAUUCAAUACAUAUAUUCAAAAAGCAAAGAAAGUUUUUCUGGAUGGUAGGUCAAGGAGAAAUAUGAAUGCACUUAACACUCAGUUGCAAGAUGUGCAAAGAAUUAUGGUUCAAAAUAUAGAUGAUGUUUUACAAAGAGGGACAGUUCUUUCAGAAUUAGACACAAAAACGCAAAAUCUAUCCAUGUUAUCACAAAAAUAUAAAAAAGAUGCAACUCACUUAAAUAGCAAAUCAAUGUAUGUAAAAGCUGUGGCUGGGCUUGUUGCAUUUUUAGUCUUCCUGCUGUACUUCUUUGUUCUUUAGUUGUUCAAUUUAAUUUAUCAGAUUUGUUAUAUAAAGACUACUAAAGUUUUCAACUGCUCUGUUUUUCCAAAUUAGCACUUUCCUAUGAAUUUACUCUUUGGUAUAAUGUAUUUAAUUUUUAAGUCUAAUACAGUGUACAUAAGUUGUAUUCAGAGAAAAAAACUAGUCACAAGGAAUACAAUGGUAUUGAUACUAUUCAAUAGACAGUAUCAUAUAUUGUCACCUAAUAAAUAUAACAAUUGUUUAAAUAUUGACUCUAAUGUAUCAUCAUCUUUAAUCCAGUUUAAUAAAAAGUCAUGCUAACAAUUUCAUUGAAAUAAAAGACAAUAUGUACAGCUACAAUUAUGUUAUACAAUAGCCGCUCGAUAAUUCGUUUUCGAGACUUGGUGGACCUUUCCAACAAAGAGGAAAUUAUCAUGCGUCAGUAGCAUGCGUGUUUCUUCGCAGUUUGUUUGCAGCGUGCAAAUUAAACAUAACGCAGCCAGGCAUUCGUUCAUACCUACGUGUGCUGAGUAAUGUGGUGAGUAUGGGAUAUUUCUAACAUGGAACUAUCGAGCGACUAUUGUAUUAGUAAUUGAACCAUUACUAUUAUUUUCUUAUAUUUAUUUAAAGCUGUAUUACUUUUAUUUUGUAUGUAACUUAUAAAUUUUACAAAAUUCUAAAUAAGAAGUCAUAUUUAUUCUUGUGAUUGUAUUAUUCUCUGAAGUAUAAAUGGUAAUAGAUUUAUAUUUUUGGAGAGGGAACCAAUGAGGAUGUUACAUUAAUUAUGUAUUGUCACUAAUGUUAUUACAUUUGUACAUCAUUCAGUUGUACUAAUAUACUGAAGUACAUUAUAUUUACAAUAAAAAAACUGAAUUUGUA